CAAACAGCAUGUUGCAAAUUGAUAUGGAAAACUCUGAACUCUUCCAAUUCCUUUCCCGCACCAACGGGUCCUUUUUCCACAAUACACCACACAGCUUUUGUAGUUCCUCUAACUAUCACCCCUUGGAGGUUUCUGAAAUUACAGACAUACCCUCCCAACAGGAUAGAGCCCUUGCUGCUAUGAAGAACCACAAAGAAGCUGAGAAGAGAAGGAGGGAGAGAAUCAAUUCCCACCUUGAUGAGCUUCGCACUCUUCUCCCUUGUAACUCUAAGACAGAUAAGGCUUCACUUCUUGCAAAGGUUGUCCAGAGAGUGAAAGAGCUGAAGCAACAAACAUCAGAAAUCACCGAACUCGAAACCAUUCCAUCGGAGACCGACGAGAUCACCGUCCUCUCCGCCGGCUGCGGCGGAGGAGACGGGAAGCUGAUAUUCAAGGCUUCUCUAUGCUGCGAGGACCGCUCCGACCUCAUCCCUGACCUCAUAGAAAUCCUAAAGUCUCUUCAUCUGAAAACCCUGAAAGCAGAAAUGGCAACUUUAGGAGGAAGAACACGCAACGUUCUCAUCGUUGCUGCUGAUAAAGACCACAGCAUUGAAUCAAUCCAUUUCCUUCAGAACUCGCUCAAGUCUUUGCUGGAUCGAUCAACUUCUAGUGAAAGAUCAAAACGACGCCGUGGGUUAGACCGAAGAUUAAUGGCUUAACAAAGUAACCGAGAGAGAGAGAGAGAGAGCCUCAUUAUUUUCAUCAUUCCCUUACAUGAGUUUUAAUCUGUUAAGUUGAUUUGAAUAGGUUGUGUUUGUGGGUUAGUUUUGGUUUUUAGGGUAAUUAAAAGAGAAAAGGGUGAUUGAUUAUUAUUAGUGAUUAUUGUUUCCGAUGUUCUGGGAGAUUAUUUUAACUCCUAUCCACACAUGUGUGAGGUUGAUGUUUUUUUUAUAUGAAUCUCACACACUUUUAUGUGUUUAGGUAAUAAAAUCAUCUCCUGCAAUAUCAGAAAUAUUAAUUACUUAUUAUUAAGUUUAUGUGACAAGGGGAGUAGCUAGCUAGGGUUUAUGUGAUGUUUGGAAUCUUUUGCAUGUGAAGUUAGUAGUAGUAUAGUGUAGUCUUGCAUGUAAGUAGGAAAAACAGGAGGCUAAGAAUCUUACUGAUGGGUAAUGAAGAAAGAAAUGUAGUUUACUUACUUAGUUACGUGCUUUGCAAGUUGUGAGUACUUGUGACAGUGAAGGAAAUGAGUCUGUUUUUUUCUGUAAAAGCAAUGCUUCUGUGAGUUUCCAAGCUAUAGAAAA